AAAUAAACUCCCCCUAUAAAUAACAAUAUCCUCAAAUUUCCGCUCGCAUAGCAGGGGCACAAAAUUGAAACGCCAUUAUUAUCUGAAAUGGCUACCUCUCUCGCUCCCAGCUUUCGCAUAUUAUGUUCAGAUACUUCUCCCUCCUCUUCUUCAGGCAAACGGUGCAAGUACGUAGGCCAGUCAGUUCGGGCACUUCCUAUACGGAUAUUAUGGGUUGGCAAAAAGAGAUCACAAGGAGCACAACUGGUUUUUGAUGAGUAUUUUGAAAAGAUCAAGCUUUAUUGCACUGUCAAUGAAGUUCAGAUACGAUCAAAUCCUAAAAAUUCACGUGAUUGGAAGGUUCAGGUUGAGGAUGAAGACAAUGCUGUCAUGAAUCUUAUCAGGCCUAAUGAUUGGGUUGUGCUGUUAGAUGAGCGUGGCCGAGAUUUGGGGUCCGAGGAGAUGGCAGACUUAUUGGGAGAUGCAGGGAAUACAGGAGCUUCGGGAUUAUCUUUUUGCAUUGGUGGACCUUAUGGCCAUGGUCAACGAUUGAGGGAACGUGCCAACUUAUGUAUAAAGUUAUCAUCCAUGGUCUUUAAUCAUCAGAUUGCUUUACUUGUUCUUGUGGAGCAGCUUUAUAGGUCAUGGACCAUUCUAAAAGGACAGAAGUACCAUCAUUAGGAUUUUUCGUUCACAGCACCACAGUAACAGAUGGGCAGGGCACUCCUUCCUUGUUUUGUGAAGCUCACCACGAAGCUACAGGUGAUUUUAUCACUGGAUCAAACAAUGCAAAGGCUGGAAAUAGUGACCUGUAGAGGGUAACAAUAGAAUUAGAUUAAAUAUGGCUGCUUACAGAUUCACUCUAUUCUUGUAUAACAGCUUUUGAAGUUCUAUCUUAUACGGUAUAAGAGUUGGAGCAGUUGAAGCUUCUCAGAAAUUUUUGAUACCGAGCCAAGCAGUUUUAGCAGCCUGUUGAGAUCACAGACAACAAUUUUAUAGAUUGUAAUUUUAGUUGUUGAUAACAUUGUGUUCAGUUUGUGCAAUCUUUUCCCAAGAAAGAAUUUGAAUUGAUGGCUGAUAGGGAGUUUAAAUCAUGAGAGAUAAUGAAUUUUUGUCAUGUUUUGAAGAUUGUGUAGAUGUUG